AUGUCAUGGAAUCAAUUUGUUGCUCUUAUCAAGGAGAACUAUUGUCCUCAACACGAGGUGGAAAAGAUAGAAUCUGAUUUUCUGUUGUUGGUCAUGAAAAACCUGGAUUGCCAGGCAUAUCUCACGAGUUUUAAUACCCUGUCAAGGUUAGUUCCUUACCUUGUGACACCUGAACCUAAAAGGAUAGCCCGUUUCAUUGGGGGUAUGGCCCCGGAAAUCAAAGCAAGUGUCAAGGCCUCUCGGCCCGCUACAUUUCGAUCAGCAGCUGACAUAUCUCUGUCCCUUACGCUGGAUGCUGUUAGGCAGAGAUCAUUGAGAAAUGCGGAUGCUGAAAAGAGAAAACGCGAAGAUGAUGGUUCGUGGCGCUCAGAGAAGAAGCGCAAGGGAAACAAUGACCACAAGAAAGGGUCGGGAUCCAAGAAGGGAGAUCAACAGACGGGUGAUAAACCCCGAUGCAAGGUUUGUAAGAAGCACCAUUUCGGGAGGUGCAGGUAUAAGUCUAGAUCCCAAUCCCAGCCGAAAGUUUGUGGGAUUUGCAAGUCCCCAGAUCACAAGGCAUUAUACUGUAAGAAACUCAAGGAUGCCACAUGCUUUAAUUGUAACGAGAAGGGACAUCUUAGGCCCAACUGCCCGAAACUUGCGAAAAAGGCUGAAGAGGGAAAGAAGACCAACGCUAGGAUCUUCCAGGUGAAUGCUCAGGAAGCUAUUCAGAACGAUAACGUGAUAACAGGCUGA